AUGUCAAGCAACUUUGCGCCGACGCCCGCAGAGCUUGCACUAGUAAAUCAGAUAUUCGCUCAGGCAGAUACCCAGAAAAUCGGAAUCCUCACUGGUGACGUCGCCGUAAAGGUCUUCCAAGGUGCUAAACUUGCACCGACCGUCUUGGGCGAAAUUUGGAACAUUGCGGAUGAUGAUAACAAUGGCUUCUUGACAAAGAAGGGUGUUUCAAUUGCGGUCCGUCUCAUGGGCCACGCUCAGAAAGGCCAGAAGGUCGACAAGUCUCUUGUGAACAAACCCGGACCCUUAGCCAAAAUUGAAGGCGUACAGACACCUUUGAUUCCACAGGGCACUGGCGCAUCAAUACCAAAGUCACCACCUCCCAGUUUACCUCCAUUGUCUCCUCAAGACAAGGCCAAAUUUACACGGAUAUUCCAGGGGUGUGGACCCGUCAAUGGCCUCCUCAAUGGCGACAAAGCACGCAACGUAUUCGUCAAAUCCAAACUCUCUGUGGACAAACUAUCUCAAAUAUGGACUUUAUGCGAUACACAAGACCGAGGCGCACUCGACAUAACUGACUUUACCAUAGCCAUGUACCUAAUUCAAGCCUCCAUGGCCGGUCAACUUUCGUCUAUCCCGACUUCUAUUUCGCCCGGCUUAUACGAGCAGGCCGGAGGUGUUUCUGUUCACGCGACUGGCGGUAGUGUGAAUUUCAGCAGCUCAGGUUUUCCACCAGCACCGAGACAGAUUGCUGUGCAGCCGCAGCUGACAGGCCAGGCGUCUCCGGCUCCUCCCCUUCCGAACAGACGCCUUGGGCCCAGCAGGCUUGCCCCAAAUAUACCCGCAUUCCCUGGUGUUGCUCCUCAAUCCACCAGUAACUGGGAUGUCACCACAGCUGAGAAGGCCGGUGCAGACCACUUCUUCGAUACAUUGGAUCCGCAGCGUAGAGGGUACAUUGAAGGCGAUGUUGCAGUACCAUUUAUGCUCCAAUCCAACUUGCCGGAAGAUGUAUUGGCCCAAGUCUGGGACCUCGCAGAUAUUAAUAACGACGGCCGUCUGACCCGUGACGGAUUCGCAGUCGCAAUGCACCUCAUUCAGGGCAACCUCUCAGGCAAGGAUGUCCCUAGUACGUUACCCCCGACCCUUGUACCUCCAUCAAUGCGAGCGGGAUUAGUGCCAUUUGCUACUGCACCGGCGCCUCCAAAACCGGAACCCGUGCGGGAUCUCCUUUGGGACGAUUCGCCUCCGCCUUCGGCGACCACCUCGCAUCCUCCAACAAGCAUCUUGCAACCUCAAACCACAGGUACCCCGCUCUCUCCGAAGUUUGUGGCUCGUCCUAUACCGCCCUCACAGGAUCCCUUUGGCUCCUCUCCAGCUACAUCUCCGUCGAACAGGAAUUUCCUUGAUGAUGACGAUACACAUGCACCGCCCGUUUUGCACGACCAGUCUGCAGAAAUUGGGAACGUGCAGAAUCAAUUCAAUUCCACGCAAAGAUCUCUGCAGACCGCAAAGGCUGAACGAGAAGCUCUCGAGAGCACGCUCGCCAAUCAGGCGGCGCAGCUUUCAGCUCUUCAGACUCAGCUUGCUUCUGCCAAGGCAUCUUAUGAGACGGAGAUUUCGCUUCUGAACACGCUCCGUGAUCGUCACGCAGCUCAGAUCGCCGACAUUCAGAGAGUUAGGGAAGAACUUAUUAGGGACGAGAGCGACCUCAGCGCUGUCCGAGUGGAGAAAGCAGAAGUCGAAGGGUCUUUCUUGCGUGACAAGGAAGAGGUUCGGGACCUGAACAGGCGGAUGGCGGAGGUCACGACGCAAAUCGCUGUUGUGAAGCAGGAUGUCGAAAAGGCGAAGAAAGACGCGAAACAACAGAAGGGUCUUCUUGCAAUUGCCAAAAAGCAACUUGCAACCAAGGAGUCGGAGAAAACCAAGGUGGACAAGGAGCUAGAGGAGGCACAGCAAGAUCUCGCCGAUACGAUCAAGGAGAGAGAAGAAGCCGAAGCCGAAGUUCAGAAGACUGUGACUACGCUUUCGCUGACAGCAUUGGAGCGUUCUAAGUCGCCAGACUCGGUUGCUUUUGCGGCUGCGCAUCCUUUACCAGUCACCCCUGAUAUCACGGGAGCCAUGAGCCCUAUCAGUGUCAAGAGUAACAACCCUUUCGAGAGGUUGGCAAUGUCCUCGGGGGUAUCAACUCCACGAUCUCAGUCGCCGUUCCUGUCUUUCCCUGAUGCUCCUUAUCCUGCUCCCCCUGGCCUAUCAUCGCCACCCGGUCUCUCUGCUCCAGCUACCCCGGCUACAAUGCAAACCGACCUCUUUUCGCAGGCAUUCGACACAGAACCCGUGCUACAGACCGACAAUGCGCCUGAUACAGAUGGUUCCGAAUUUGUCGUCGUGACCCCUCGUGUGAAGAACGGGCCCUACUUUUCCGAUGAUGUCGUAUCGUCACCCACGAGCGAUGAACAUUUCACCACCCCUCCAACCAGUAUCACACCCGUUAACCAUGACUGUGCAAAUGUUUCAUCUCUCGAUAGUGUUGCCGCACACUUCCCCGCCAUCGAUGAUUUCAAUGCUCAGCAACCCGCACCCGAGGAGGGGGAGAAGGAGACAGACUUGUCGACGGACCUCCAGGAGUUGGAGGUGAAUGACACCGAGAGUGAAAGCGAGGACAGCCACGAGUCGGAAGCUGUCGACCGCUCGACAGACUCUGCCAAGGAGGUUUCCCCCUCCGAAGAAGUGAUAUCCUCACAGGCACCGACCUCUUUUGAUGACAUCUUUGGAGUGAACACUGAUGUGCCCGAGCGUGACCUCGUUUCCAGCAGCGCACCUCAGUCAGACACAGCUGCCCCCUCGCAGAAUGGCACAUCUUUGGUAGAUGCAUUUGGUGUUCCUUUCUCAGCGCCGCUUGAAACUACUCAGUCACAACUCUUUCAACCAUCUGAAACAAGCGGUUUGAAUAGCUUUGACGAGGCGCUCGGCAAGAUCUCGAAUGGCGGUUCCACGCAGCCGGCUUCUGCCUUCUCCUUCGAUUCCAACUUUGAGGAUAACUUUGACUUUGGGACAGCGAUGGCGUCAUCUUCUACAUUCCCACCACUUCCCGCCGGAUCUGCACCUGCCAAUGGCGUCCCUGCAACGACCGCAGACGCGGCUGCACAUGCGAAUGGGGCACCAGAUUUCUUCACCCAGCCUGCUAGUAAUGGAAUAUCAGCCACUCCGAAAGUGGCUAUAGCACAGCCGGCAGCUCCGGUCUCAUUUGAUGAAGUCUUCUCAUCGGGCCCCUGGAACGCCCCAAACACUGCACCUCAGCCUGAGAAGGCAGAAUCAAAACAGGCGGACGCGGGAGGCAUAAGCUUUCAAGAUGCUUUCGGAGGCGUUGAUGUCUCUCAGGCCCUAGCGCUAGACAAUUCAUUCUCUUCUAGAACUUCAAAACCAUUCACAUCCUCAGCGUCACCACCUCCGUCCGAGGGUGGUAAGCCAUUCCCAAAUGUCUCGCCGCCUUCAUCACCACGAGGGUCAUCUUCUCCCCGCGUUACGUCGUUACGCUCUGGUUCCCCUCCGCGACGUGCCACAUCGCCGCCACCUCGAGCUAUUUCUCCGAAGUUGCAGCGGCCAUCAAGUUCUUCAGCCAAGGAUGGAACUCACGAUAAGCCUGCACCACCCCCGCGGCACUCUAAGCUCAGUAUUCGCCUUCCGUUUGGCAAGAGAAAGAAACAGGACUCUGUACCCCCCAUUCCUCCAUCGAAUUUGUCACAGAAUGUGACCGUUAUGGAGCAGCCGCGCGUGACACCUGGUGUCGAAGACGAUGUGGAACCUGUGAAGCAGUUAUCUGCUAUGGGCUUCAGUCGGAAUCAAGCCGUUGCGGCGCUGGAAGCACACGAUUAUGACGUACAGAGAGCAUUGAAUAGCCUACUGGGAGCGCAAUAG